CCGGCCCUUAGCGGUGGAGGGCGCCAUGGUGGGUGGCGAGGCGGCCGCUGCCGUGGAGGAGCUAAUCUCCGGUGUGCGGCGAGCGACUGACUUUGCUGAGCAGUUCCGCUCCUACUCGGAGAGCGAGAAGCAAUGGAAGGCCCGCAUGGAAUUCAUCCUGCGCCACCUGCCCGAUUACCGCGAUCCACCCGACGGUGGCGGCCGCCUGGACCAGCUGCUGUCCCUCUCCAUGGUCUGGGCCAACCACCUCUUCCUGGGUUGCAGUUACAACAAAGACCUUUUAGACAAGGUGAUGGAAAUGGCUGAUGGGAUUGAAGUGGAAGACCUGCCACAGUUUACUACCAGAAGUAAAUUAAUGAAAAAGAAAUAGAACCAGCCAGAAGAGCUUUGUCUGACGCUACGGGCCAGUCUGUUGCCUGGUGCCCAGCAUGAGUGAAUCACCUACCAACACUAGUGUCAAAGACCAGACUUGAAACAGCCAAAGCCAGGGGCAGCUUUGCUGCUACUGUAGUCUUGGUCUGUCCUGUUGGAAAUUGAAGAGAGGGCUUAUGGGAUUCUCUUUCCCUUUGGAAUAAAGAUGGUUUUUUUAGGUGAUAACUGCAUUCUUCUCAAAGGAGAAAGACCUCUUAUAUUUUGCUCUUGCUGAGGAAUUUUGCUUCUUCACUUCUCAGAGACUGAUAUGACAGGCUUAAGCCAGGAAAUAGGUCAUACCUUGAAAACUGAUUGCUAAAAAAACUGAUUGACUCACUUGCACUGCUAAAUGUUAAGGAAAUCCAUUCAAAUAGGUGACAGCCAAAAUAAUAGCUUCACACCCUGCUUAAAAGUUGUCUAAAGCCAAGUUUAAAUUUACCAAAGGUGCUAGAGAGUACCCAGAAAGAAUGUAUCUGCUUCAGUUCAUCACUAUUUGAAGACAUGCAUUUACAGUUUCUAAUAGUGUGAAAUUCAGAAACAUAACCUUCACAUCUUCUAAAUAUCCUGAGUCAAUGUGAAAUGUUGUGAAUUACUACGUGGAUUCAACUGAUUUUAAUUUAGAACAAUGAAAGGUUUGUGUGAUUCUG